AUGGGAAUACGGUCUUCAAAUUGUGACAGAUACAGAUCGCUGAUUGUGGCACUACAGGAACAAAAUAAGCAAGUGUUCCUAGUUUCAGGUGGCUUUCACUGUCUUAUAGCUCCAGUAGCGGCAGAACUAAACAUUCCACCAGAAAACAUAUGUGCAAAUAAACUAAAAUUCUAUUUUACAGGGGAGUACGCUGGUUUUGACGAAAAGGAACCAACAUCGCAGAGUGGUGGCAAAGCUGAAGUCAUUCGACUACUCAAAGAAAAAAGGGGCUUCAAAACCAUCGUUCACAUUGGUGAUGGCGCCACAGACCUCGAAGCUUGUCCACCAGCAAAUGCUUUUAUUGGUUACGGCGGUAAUAUAAUUCGAGAAAGUGUAAAAGCACGAGCGCCUUGGUUUAUAACAGAUUUCAAGGAUCUAGAGGAAGCUUUAUAACUAUGGAAAUUGAGGUCAAACUUAAAUGAACUAAUGAAAUAUUGUAUAAGGACAACAUGCAUGCAUGAGAUAUUUUAUAAUAAUAUCCAUCAAUAUUUUUUUAGAAAAUAAUUAGAUCCAUCACGUUUUUUGUAAGACAACAGUGUAAAGUGUAAAUAUGACUGACAGUAUUUUUGAGAUAUUCUCACUCAUAGAAAAUGCAUAGCAUCUACUUGUGACUAUACUUACGUAGAAUGUUGAAACUUUUAAAAUUUUUAUGACUGGUAUAAAAAAAAUCGUGAAUGAAAUUUUUGUGAACAAAAAUGAAAUAAA